AUGAUUAAGCCGAAAAGUUUGCUGACAUGCAUUCAGCAAAUUCGCGGAAUGAAGAAAUAUCCAUUUCCAGUCACAUAUGAAAGUAAGUUGCUAUUUACAAGAUUUAUUAUUCAUUUCAACAAAUCAAUUCAUAGAUGUUCGAUUCCCACCAAAUGGACAGUUCAAGCUUCCGGUUAUGCCAGCUGAACCAUUUUAUGAUGGUGAAAAGGGAGAGAAAAAGUAGGAUCGGUUUAUUUUGAAUGAAAAUCAAGCGUGGAUUUUAGGUAUAAAUCAACGAAACGAAUGAUUGAAGCUAGAGGAGUUGAAGAAAUUCAUACUGAAUUGAUACAUGAACAAUUUGGUCUUGCAGCAAUUUCUGGUGGUUUUAUUUCAAGUGAUGAUUUCAAAUUUAUUCAGGUAUGUUUAGCUUUUUUAAUGAAAUUCAUGUUUUCUAGUAGAUAAGGUCAAAACUACUAGGAAGCAUAAUUUUCAUUCAAAAGAAUCUCUAACUAUAUUUUUUGAAGGAUCGCAUCAACAAAAACCUAAUCGAUAAUCAAUUUGCUGUUUGGCGAGUUGAUGCUCCAUGGCUCCCAAGAACGAAAAAAGCACAAGGAACACGACUUGGUGGUGGAAAAGGUAGUAUUCAAAAAUAUGUGACACCUGUCAAAGCAAAUCGAAUCAUUCUUGAAGUUGGUGGAUAUAUUACUGAAAUUGAGGUAUUUUCCAAGAUUUUCCAUCCAAUUUCUAAUGAGAAAAAUGUUUGUAGGCAAAAGCAUUCUUGUUGUAUUUAUGUGAACGAUUCUCUUUCCCAGUGGAAUUUGUGAGUGAGACUAUUUUGGCUGAACGAAGAAGAAAAGAGGAGGAAAUUCAAAAUAUGAAUAAGAAUCGAUUUGAAUGGGAUAAUGUUAUAAAGUAGGUCUUUUACUGGAAUUUCAAGCUAUAUCUGAAAUUUGAAGAAAAAAAUACAAUAUUUUUUGCAGGUACAAUAUGCAAAACUGUUCAAGCUGGUUAUCAAAUUACGACAUCGCUUGGAAAGGAAAAUAUCGAUAG